UUAUCCUACCAACCACGCCAAGUAGGCACACAGCUACAAAAAACAUAAAGCGGGAAAUGAGAUGCAAAAUUAUUCGCAUCACAAGGGAGGAACAUGGCACCAUUAUUGAGGCAGCAGGAAUGACUGGGAGGGCAGGUGGAGUGCAACGCCAUCUCUUUAUCUCGCCACCUGAGCUCGGGUCAAUGCAGCAAUCCUCGGCACCCCUGAUUGGCAACCCCCUCCGAGGAAGCAUGCCACCCCUCAGGGGAGCCCUCGCAGCCCCCAACUUUUCGCCUAUUUUAAGCUCGAUGAAAAAUUCCACUUGAAUGUUGCAACAAAAUGCAAUGCAGGCCGCAGGUUGUCAGGUGGCGACGACAUUCGUCGCAGGCCUGAGGCCAGAGUUAUGGCUUUGCAGCUCUCAUGAUGGUCCAGCAUCCGAUAUUGCUCAGUUAUGGAAGAGCGGAGCUGAGCUGAGCUGCGCUGAGAGUCACGGGAAAGAGCCCACUAACCAUGCAAUGCCAGUGGGUUUUGGUUGUUGAGUUUUCGGUGGCCCUUGCCUGGUGCUUGUGUGUUUUUUGUUGCAGCUUGCAGCGUGAGAAGUAGUAGCGUUUUCUUGCGAGUCUUGCUGCAUUGGAAUGCCGAUGGACAACUGGGGUCUCUCGUCUCUUCCUUACCGUGACCCGCCUGCUUUUGAAACGGUAUCCGUUCGCACGUUUCCCUGAGUUCUGUCGAGGAGUUUAGAGCUUGCAUGCGCUGAGAGUCACAGUGGAGAAAGGUGGAGUGUGUACUGGAGCUCAGGAGAGACGACGUCGAGAUGCUGUCGCAGCUGGGAUGUGCGGAUGAGGACAAUGACGUGGACCCGCAGCUCGGAUACCCACCGGCUUACCCCAAGCUGUGCCGCCAUGCGCACGCUUCUGGAUUGCCAAUGCCUUAUACCGAAGGUCCGCCUCAACGCUUCUUGCCCUACUGUCCGGAAACGGAGGACUUCAAAGUCUGGGAUAAAGUGUUUCCAGUUGUCGCUGGAAGGGAGAAAGGCUUACCCGAUACACGAAAAUUUGCUGAAGAGCUAUGGCAGCAGCUCGAGCACCUCGGAAACGCAGGCUUUGAUCCAGCUAAGUUCAGAGUCGACCCAUAUGGGAAUGUGGUGCACUGGAACGCUGAUCCCUCAUCGCCGCUAGCAUGGGAUGUUGAUCUUUGGUUCCCAUAUCCUAGAGGAGGAAGAACAAAGUUGCCAAACUUACGAAUAGUGCAAUGGCAAGCAUGUUUGCGGAAACGGAACCGCCUCGAAUUUUUAGUGCCAUGGUGGGAUUUGCAACACGGGUGCUCCAUCAACCAAUUCCUGUCCGCAUUCGCAGCGAAGAAUGCAGAUUUUAGGAAGCGAUCCUUUGCGUUGUUUUUCGCAAGGGGAGAGGACGAAUCAGUGGCCAGAGAGCACGUAGGAGAAUGUCGGCCGUGGCCCCAGCAGUUCCGCGAGAAGAAAGCACUCUGUGGAUUAGCUGCAGCAGCUUUAGUAAAUGCCCCUAAGAAGCACAAUGCCGAAGGUCUUACUGGCGCUUCUACUCCAGAAGCUCUUACCAUCUCUGAUAUUCCUCUCAGUCCGCAGGGUGCAGCUUCAGAAACUCCAUCCAAAAGACAUUGGAGUGUGGAUGAAGAAGUGGCUGUAAAGCGUGGAGUCAGCAAGUUUGGAGCUGGCAGCUGGAAAGAGAUCAAAGAAGGCGAUCCGACUCUUGCUAAUCGAUCUCCAGUGCAGAUAAAGGAGAAGUUCCAGAUGAUGCGAGGGGUCUCACGGCGCAAUGGCGUUUCUUCAACAGGACAUGGCAAAAGUGAUCUUUCGGGACGCCAGUCUGCAGCCACAACUGCCCUGCAAAAGGAACUUCGUGUUAAAAUCAUGAGAGAAGAAGAAAGGCGGGAGAGAGAGGAGGAGUUAGUCCAGUUGGAGGAGACGGUGGUGAAGCUGAAGGUUGAGAAUGAGAAAGAGAGGUUGAAGGCUCUGGAACUUGAGUCUUUGCUUAAGAAACAUAAGCAUCGUGUGGAAAAACAGCGGAAAUUGGCAGAGAGCCAGUCAUCGUAUCGUCUCUGCCUGGAACGAGUGCUUCGUGAUACCAUGCAUCAGACCAUGGCCUAUAAGGAGCAGGCGCGAUUAACUCAAGAAGCAUGCAAUGUCCUCACUUCCCGCCUCGAUUCCCAGAAGAUCGCAUGUGAAGCCAUGGAAAGUGAUCUUCUUCAGGUGCAUGCGCAGCAAGAAAUCUUGGAAGCGGCCGCUGGAGGCAUAGACGACCGCACCACGCUGCUGCUUAAGAAGCCGGUUACAAAGGGGCGGGACAUUGUUGACGUUAGCAGCUGCGUCUGUCUUCGCGCGAUUGACGAAGAAGACGACGAGGAAGAAGAGAAGCUCAUCAUGACGGCCAACAAGUUGAGCGAAAGCGAUACUGAAGACGAGGGUGAAGAAGAACUUAACCUUCGACGGGAGCAUCAGCACGCCGCCGUAGGGAAGUCACUCGUCAAACACGCAAUUAAAGUCGCAAUUCAGGUUGAUGAUAUGAAAGAAGAGGUGGACUCGUGCUCGUGGGAUCUAGUACCUGUUGAGGCCAAAUCUCCAUGCCCAACUGUAACGUCGGCGUACUCAAUGCAGUCCAGAAUGGAAGUGAGGGGGAGCGGUGACAUCGCCAUUAUUCCGAACUUACAAUACGAAGCUGAUAGUGAAAGUCUAGAAACUGAGAGCGACAGUGAUUUUGCUGAUGACGAACUGAGUCCUGCGGGUCACGACUCCAAAGACGCUUGCACGGACGACGCUGUUUUGGUGAACGAGUUGUCUCAGUUUCAUGAAGGGCCUACUUCUGAACUUAGAGACUUUUGUUCCCGGAAUUCAAAAGCAGGUGAAAGUGAUAUAGGCGUAAUUGACUUCGCUUUCGAGCACAGCCAAGAUCCCUCAUCCGAGCCGGCCCUCGACACUUCGAUCCCAAGCGCAGGAGAAUCGAAGUCCGAUUCCAAACAAGAAGUGCAGAAGGAUGUCAUCAUGGUGCAAACUCCGAGCUCAAAUGGACAUGCGGCUCACGAAUCCAUAGACGCUUCACCUCUAUUCAGGCAAGAGUAUUUGGACGAGCUUCUUAAGCAAAUCCGGUUCCAGAUUCCGACUACGGAAGUGACAGGAGAUGGCCCGCUGCAUGUGUCCGAGGGACAUCUCGACGAGCUUCUGGAGAAGGUGUUGACGACGCAUCUAAACAACAUUCGCAGAAACGAUGCCAGUAAGCAGCAUCAAAGCUGUGACGUAGACGACGAGAAAUUGAGAGAAAUUGGAAAGUCAAAUCUAGACAAAUGGCUCCAAGUUCUUUUGUUCAAGGACACCGAGUCGGCAGGCACUUCUCCUGGUCGUGAAACUCCUGACCAGACCAGCUCUACUACAUUAUCAUCAAUAAGUGUAGCAGCCAUGCGUGAGAGCUUGGACCGCGCAAGACAUCAGGAGUGCGUGAGCAGAGACGACGAAAAUGGAGAGCGACCGAAGAGCUUGUGGACCACCUUAGUCCGGAAGCUCAGCGUGAAGCAUCAUUCGGAGCACGAGAGUGUGUUCAAGCGUAACGAAAACUUCGGCGUUGAGCAACAAAACUCCCCUAGAAUCUCACAGCAUGGCGCAGAUCUCAGCGAUGCAAUGAAAUCGCCCCAGAGGCAAUCUCCGAACGACUUGGCCACCGAGCAAAUCUCCAGCAACGGAUCAAUUCUCGUGGAGAGCAUGCGGUUCGAUGCUUCGGAGAUUGGCACAUUGAUGGGAUGGCCUGGAGGCAUCCAACUACCCGGUAUCACAUCCAAUUAUCAUUCCAAAGUCAAUGCCAUCGACUCAAUCCCUCUCAACAGUGAUCCUUCCGCCAUCUGGAAGACGGAAAGGAGAGUCGAAGAUGGCGUACCUGUUCACGCGCUCGAUUACGUCUACUCCUCGGAGAGACGGCACUACCCGCGAUCUCUCUCAGACGUGGACGAAGCCUCCGAAACCGAGAGUGCGGACAAUUCAAACAAAUCACCAAACACUGCGGUGACGGAGAAUCAUGACAUCAGCAGGUCCAAGAAGAGCGUCUCCGUUAAAGUGGCGGGCUUCGUGGGAUGGAAGAAAGCUUCGAAAAAAAGCGAAGCACCGAAACCAUCGCACGAUGAGCAUGUGCUGUCCACGAUGGAAUAAGCUCUGCUUGCGAAGUUCAGCAGCUGAUUUGUGUACAUUAUAUUCGUGAUCCGAUGUAGUCCUCCUAAUGAUUCGAUUCAAUCGGAUGGUUCCAUCGAUCGCGACCAGGGCCUGGCCUGAAGGUGGCCGCCAAGUCGAUCAAGAGGAAUGAAGGAUGAUUGGAGCGUCUUCACCAGCACAGCACAGCAGAGCAUCUCCACUGGUGCUUGCGUUUAAAGAAUGUGUCACACUAAAAAAACGUCAAGUAACGGGGACGCAAUCGCCACCGAACACAAUUCUUGCCUAUUUAGAAACUACGGCGAUUGUAGCUGCUGCGCAAGGAUUUCCGAAGCUGCAUUCUCAGAUCCUACACACAGGACGGCAACGGUCUAUUGUAAAGGCUGUAGUUCGUGGAUGGGGAUACUCUUAUGUAGAAGGUUUACACGUCUCCCAGAUUUAUUCAAAAAUGUCUUUCAUGCAGAUUUGUAAAGAAUUCAUGAUACCCGGAUUAUUUGUGAUUGUUCAUGCCUGAGGCAGAGAUCCGAAUUGCCUGCCCGUGGAACUCGUCCCUGCCUUUCAGUAGACGCUAACCCUAAACCAUUGAAACCCUAAAAUCGUGUUGAGCUCAAACUUGUAUUUAGGAACAGCUCCGAGAAGCAGCGGCCUGGUUUAUUUAUCCCUUGUUGCUUUACACUAAUCUUAUGGGGACUACUUUUAGGAAAAAUAUUAAAAAAUAGUAGAAAAACAAAACAAAAAAGUUAAUGUCAAGUCUUUUGACGAUUUGAAAACACAAUUUAUGUACAUUCCAUUUGGUUGA